AUCAAAAAAGUGGAGCAGAGAUCUUUAGAAAGUCUAGUUAUGGUGGAUGCUCUCCAACGCCUUGGCAUUGCCUACCACUUUGAAGAGGAGAUGCAAAUCCUUCUGCAGGAACAUCUUCUCAUUUCUACCUUCGAUGGCCACCUAGGCAACAGCAGUCUCUACGAGGCCUCACUUCGUUUUCGAGUUCUAAGGCAAGAAGGCUACUUCAUGUCUGCAAGUUCGGGCUUCAUGACCAAAGAAGAUAGUAAUGCUGGAUAUGUGUUUGACCCGAAGUUGUGGAAGGACAUUUUCGGGCUAAUGAGCAUGUAUGAAGCUUCCAAUUUGGGCAUACAAGGGGAAGAUAUACUCGACGAGGCAGCGGACUUCAGUAGAAGAGCUCUAAUUCUGAAUGUUGCGAAUGACAUUAAUGGCACGAGUUCUCAAAUAUUAAAAGAGCUUGUGAGCAACACAUGGGCGAGGCUGUGUGAUGCAUCCCUGGUGGAAGCGAGAUGGUUCACUUCCCGCCAUUCUCCUUUAGCCGAUGAGUACUUGAAGAACGCAGUUGUCAGCUCCGGCGUACAUAUCGUGAUGGUCCACUCGUUCGCAUUCUUGUCUGAAAGUGUGAAUCAACAUAGUCUUGAGAUGAUGCUAAACAACUUUCCGGGAAUUUCAUCCUCAACAGGGGAGAUUCUACGUCUUUGGGAUGACCUUGGAAGUGCCAAGAAUCAAGAAGGGCACGAUGGGUCGUAUUUGGACUACUACAUGAAGGAGAACCCCAGUUGCUUACUCAAGGGGGCAAGAGACCAUAUGAAGGAGAUGAUCUCAGACGCAUGA